AUGGAAGUUCUGACACUUCUGCUGAUACUCUUCAUAGUGCCUUUACAGUUGUCCAUCCUACAAGCAAGACGAGACGCUUUGGAUGUCCGUGAAGAUAGCGAGCAGUUAACAAAUACAAAUGAGGAGAACAAAGAUGCCAAGCGAAACAUUCUGGAAGAAGAGCGAGAGAGCAUGCUGGUCGCAGGGAUCGUCCCUCACGAGUGGACUCAAAACAAAUCAAAUAGUGUGCCUUCUGGUAUUCUGACUCCUCCGUCUUACCAUCGUCCCGAUCCCGAAGCCCUCAGCGCAACUGUGACUCCUGAGGACCACAGGUCCAUCUCGUCGGCGGAAGACGUCCUCAUCGAGGUGCUCCGGAGUCCGGCUCAUUAUUCUGAGCACAUUAGUCCAAAUGUGCAUGUCCAAAGUUUGACGAAGGCUGCAGACACAACAACAACAAAUGCCAUCAUUGAAAGAAGAGAGCAUGACCAAAAUAAAGUGAGCAAGCCUUUAGUCAAACUGCAAAAGAUCAGAGGCGACAAAAACACGACCAUUAGAAAUCACAAGCGAAAUGGAAGGAAAAAGAAUCUCAAAAAAACAAAAGGAAUGAAGAAGACUAAAAAGACAGAGCGUUUUCCUUACUUCUUGGAUAGCUACUGUCCUCCGGAUUGUGCCUGCUAUGGAAGGGUGGUCCAGUGUUCGGACAAAGCGGUGGACAAGAUCCCCUAUGGCAUCCCCUAUAGCUCCCGGUACAUCCUCCUGAUGAACAACUGCAUCGACAGCAUUCAACUGGACCUCCUGCGGGGAUACGCCUCCAUGGAAUUCCUGGUCCUGACCAAAAACCAACUCACAGACGACUCGCUGGAGGGGGCGUUUGAGGGGGUCCAGGCCCUGAAGCGUCUCUACCUGGAUCAGAACCUCCUGGCGAGCGUCCCGACAGACCUUCCGGCUUCCCUUCAGGAGCUCCGCCUGGACAACAACCGUGUGAGGGUGAUGUCGCAGUCAUCUUGGGCUCGCUGUCCUGGCCUCUUGGUCUUGAGCCUCAGCAACAACAGUUUGGGCGACGGUUCAGGAUCCCUUCUGGAUGCCGUGCUGUCUCCCCUACACCACUUGAGGACUUUGAACCUGGAUCAAAACCAGCUGACGACCGUUCCUCUGGGGUUGCCUCUCUCCCUCAAGGAGCUGUACCUCAGAGGGAACCUCAUCGAGCACUUCAGCAGCAGAGCGUUCAAUGGGACGUCACAACUGGCGAUUUUGGACCUGAGUGCCAAUAGACUGAGCAACAAGGGCCUGCCCAAAGACGCUCUCCUCAACGCCACCCACCUGGAGAGCCUCAAUCUGGAGGGCAACAAAUUUAAAAAAGUACCCACACACCUUCCCUCGUCGCUAAAAGCGUUAAACCUUGAGGGCAACCUCAUCUCUGCUAUUAGAAGAAUGGCUUUUAACUCCUUGAAGAACCUGGAACAUCUGGGUCUGGCCCGGAAUAAGAUCUCCAAAGUAGUCCCGGGCGCCUUCCGGAGUUUGCCCGCCCUGCACCAGUUAGACCUUUGCCACAACGCCUUGCGCCAGGUGCCCAGGCAGCUACCGCGGGGCCUCCACUCGUUGGUGCUAACUCACAACAAGAUCCAGUUGGUGCCCCGGGACGCAUUCUGCUGGGGUCUGGCAGGCUCGGGGCUCAGCGGGCUGGUCCGUGUGCAGUUGGGGAACAACUUGAUGGACAUGGGAAAGCUGGACUCAAAGGCUUUCAGGUGCUUGAGGGGGUUCCAGGUUGUGCACUUCUACUGA